UCCACCCCCCCCCCCCCCCCUCCUUCUUCCGCUCUCUCUCUCUCUCUCUCUCUCAUCCGUUACCAGAUUCUGAAAAAACCUAGCUUCAUUCGAGUCCGAUAAUGGCCACCACCAGAACCACCACCACAAGGCUGACAAGGUCAGCUCUUGCGGCUCUCAAGGCCUCCUCUAAGACCCCUCUCUCUGCGUCUCGGCCGAUACUCUCUCGUGCCACCGAAAUACUCUCCUCAAUCAAUUCAAACAUUGUCUCCGCGGCGCCGAAUCGUAACCGACUUGGGGUCGGUGAGAAUUCAACAAUUGCAAAAUCAUCCUUCAAUGGCAAUGUCUUUGCUCGUCAGUUCCACUCCUCGCGCUCUUACUCCACCUCUGGUCAGGUCAAUAAUUCAGAAUUCACUGAGAUGGCGUGGGAGGGUAUUGUUAAUGCUUUGGAUGCAGCAAAGAUUAGCAAACAGCAAAUGGUGGAAUCUGAGCAUUUAAUGAAAGCCCUUUUAGAGCAGAAAGAUGGCUUGGCUCGAAGAAUAUUCACGAAGGCUGGUAUUGACAACACAUCAGUUCUGCAAGCUACAGAUGAGUUUAUAUCUCAACAACCUAAGGUAUCUGACACUAGUUCUCCAAUAUUGGGCUCACAUUUCGGUUCCCUUUUGGAGAAUGCAAGAAGGCAUAAGAAAGAAAUGGGAGAUGCCUUUGUGUCGGUGGAGCAUCUAUUGUUGGCGUUCCAUUCGGAUAAGAGGUUUGGGCAGCUAUUAUUCAGGAACCUUCAGCUCAGUGAGAAGGCUUUGAAGGAUGCCGUUCAAGCCAUUCGUGGAAAUCAGAGAGUAACUGAUCAGAACCCUGAAGGUAAAUAUGAGGCGCUUGACAAGUAUGGGAACGACCUGACUGAACUUGCUAGGCGUGGAAAACUCGAUCCUGUUAUAGGUAGGGAUGAUGAAAUUCGGCGCUGCAUCCAGAUAUUAUGCCGGAGAACAAAGAAUAACCCUGUUAUUAUUGGUGAGCCUGGUGUUGGGAAAACUGCAAUUGCUGAAGGAUUAGCUCAAAGAAUUGUUCGUGGUGAUGUUCCUGAACCUCUGCUAAAUCGAAAGUUGAUCUCCCUGGAUAUGGGUUCAUUGCUUGCUGGUGCUAAGUACCGAGGAGAUUUUGAGGAAAGGCUAAAAGCUGUCUUGAAGGAAGUCACAAGUUCAAAUGGGCAGAUUAUUUUAUUUAUUGAUGAGAUCCAUACUGUAGUGGGUGCAGGGGCUACAAGUGGAGCAAUGGAUGCAGGAAAUUUGUUAAAGCCCAUGCUUGGUCGAGGUGAGCUCAGAUGUAUAGGAGCAACCACGUUGAAUGAAUAUAGGAGGUACAUUGAGAAGGACCCUGCUCUGGAACGUAGAUUUCAACAAGUGUUUUGUCCCCAGCCAUCUGUAGAAGACACGAUAUCAAUUCUUCGAGGAUUGCGUGAACGCUAUGAGCUGCAUCAUGGGGUUAAAAUAUCAGACAGUGCUCUUGUUUCAGCAGCAAUUCUUGCAGAUCGGUAUAUCACAGAGCGCUUUUUGCCUGACAAAGCCAUUGAUCUUGUUGAUGAAGCUGCUGCAAAGCUGAAAAUGGAGAUUACUUCUAAACCAACCGAAUUGGAUGAGAUAGACAGGGCUGUGCUAAAAUUAGAAAUGGAGAAACUGUCUCUGAAAAAUGACACUGAUAAAGCAUCCAAAGAGAGAUUGCACAAGCUGGAAAAUGAUCUAGCUUUGCUUAAACAAAAACAAAAGGAGUUGGCUGAACAGUGGGAACGUGAGAAAGUUCUCAUGACUCGGAUACGGUCAAUAAAGGAGGAGAUUGACAGAGUCAACCAAGAGAUGGAAGCAGCUGAGCGUGAAUACGAUCUAAAUCGUGCUGCUGAGCUCAAAUAUGGUACAUUAAUGUCCCUUCAGCGCCAACUAGAAGAAGCUGAGAAGAACCUUUCUGAUUACCGGAAGUCCGGCAGUUCUUUGCUUCGAGAAGAGGUCACGGAUCUUGAUAUUGCUGAAAUUGUAAGCAAAUGGACUGGCAUUCCGCUGUCAAACCUUCAGCAGUCAGAGAGGGAAAAGCUUGUCUCGCUAGAACAGGUUCUCCACAAGAGGGUUGUUGGCCAGGAUAUGGCAGUCAAAUCAGUGGCUGAUGCAAUCCGACGGUCAAGGGCGGGAUUGGCUGACCCAAAUCGGCCUAUAGCUAGCUUCAUGUUCAUGGGCCCCACUGGUGUUGGUAAGACAGAACUUGCAAAGGCCUUAGCUGGAUACCUUUUCAACACAGAAAAUGCUCUUGUGAGGAUAGACAUGAGUGAGUACAUGGAAAAACAUGCAGUUUCUCGCUUGGUUGGUGCACCACCCGGGUAUGUUGGCUACGAAGAGGGUGGCCAACUCACUGAAGUAGUCCGUCGAAGGCCCUACUCUGUUGUACUCUUUGAUGAAAUUGAGAAGGCACAUCAUGAUGUGUUCAACAUUUUAUUACAGUUGUUGGAUGAUGGAAGGAUAACUGAUUCCCAAGGAAGGCAUGUUAGUUUUACAAAUUGUGUUGUCAUCAUGACAUCAAAUAUUGGGUCCCACUUUAUUCUUGAAACCCUAAAUAAUACCCAUGAUAGCAAGGAGGCAAUUUAUGAGAUAAUGAAGAAGCAGGUUGUUGAGUUGGCUAGACAAACUUUCCGGCCAGAGUUCAUGAAUCGAAUCGAUGAGUAUAUUGUUUUCCAACCUCUGGACUCCAGAGAAAUCAGAAAAAUUGUUGAGAUCCAGCUGAAUCGUGUGAAAGACAGGCUCAAACAAAAGAAAAUUGAUCUUCACUACACAAAUGAAGCUGUCGAUCUUCUAGGAACACUGGGCUAUGACCCCAACUUUGGUGCAAGGCCAGUUAAGCGGGUGAUUCAGCAGAUGGUUGAGAAUGAAAUUGCCAUGGGGAUAUUAAGGGGAGAUUUUAACGAAGAAGAUUCGAUCGUCGUUGAUGCUGACACAUCCCCAUCUGCUAAAGACCUUCCCCCCAAGAAGAGAUUGAUCAUCAAGAAAAUGGAGAACAAUACCGCUAUGGAUGAUAUGGUUGUCAAUAACUGAUAGUUCACAUGAGACGUGUGCAUGUAUGUAGAUUAAAAGCUAGAUUUUGGUGUUUUCCACAUUCUAUGCAUCGAAUUGAAGAAAUUUUAUGUUAUUAAUUAGGUUGUUUAGUUAUGAUCUUAGAUCACAUCUUUUGUCAAGUGAGUCUCUCUCUUUUUAGUCCAUCUAUAGAUGGAAAGGCUUGCACUGGAGUUUUGUAGUUAAGCUGAAAUGGCCUAAACAGUAUCAUCUCUGCAGGCACCUACGGUACAGAUUGGCCUUUUCAGUUGGUCCGAUGCACGAAUUCUCAGAAACAAAUAGAAAUUGCAAGGUAUGUUGCUUUGAGUUUUAA